AUGAUUGCUUUGCUGUACUUCUGUAGUCUUUUCCUGUUGCUUUCUUGGAAACAAGUGUCAACCUGUUCACAAGUGCAGGGUAAGUGUCGAUUAAGUUAAGUAGCUGAGGAAUAUAAAGCAACAUGAUUACCAUUGGCAAAUUCAGUAAAAACCCAACUAUCUUUUGAAAUAGUCUUCCGGUCUGACAAUGAUUUCAGUUCUAACAAGAAAAAGACAGAGCGAACAUUAUAGCGUUUCGCUCCUGCCAUUAGUUUUAAUUCGUAUAUGCAAUUCAGAGAUGUCUGCAUCCAACAGGCUUUUUACAGCCUGCAAAAGUUUCGACAAGAAAGAAGCCGCGUUGUUUCAGGUACUCGUCUCAUUUUUUCUCUCAGUACUGAACUGUUUUUUUUGCUCAAAAGCGUUUAAGCGGCACUUUCAUCAUAUGACUAAAGCUACAAGAAUGAGAAACGUUCAGAUACGAAACUAAUAGAAAACCAACUUUAUGACCAAAAUUAUAACAAAAGAAUUCUGUUGAAGGACAAAGAACCAAGUAGCAAUGUGUCAGUCUGUUUUUUAACAAGAUAUUUAGUGCAUGUUUCCCUGCUCUGUUGUAGUUUUGCUAGCAUUAUUUUCAAACUCCGGUUUCAGGUCCAUGUCGUGAAUUGGCGUUCCCAAGUUUCCUUUUCUUUGCUAACAAGCGCUUGCUGAACCACAGAAUAAGAGUUUUACAAGUUCAAGACCUAGACGAGUGCGAGUUACGAUGUUACCAC